GGUGAGAUCGGAGAAGGUCUUCUCACGCGGCGAGGAGCCUUCUCUUUCUCUCCGCCGGCGUGAUGGAGUGUCCGGCGAGAGACAGCGUUGCCGGAGAGAGGAAGGAGGAGGCUUGUGGUGCCACGGUGGCCGGUGCUUACCAGAUUGACCCCUUCCUCAUCGAGGCUCUCCAGAACCCUCGGCACCGCCUCACGGUGUUGCGUAUGGAAUUGGACAUUCAGAGGUUCAUGCAGAAUCCUGGCCAGAAUCAGUUUGAAUUUCAGCAUUUUCCAACUUCAUAUCUUCGGUGUGCAGCACAUCGUGUUGCUCAAUACUAUGGCCUACAGACCAUGUCACUAGAUAAUGUUUCAGAUGGUUUGGUUAGCAGGAUAUUAGCUAUAAAAACUCAGGAGAGCAGAUUUCCACCAGUCUACCUUUCAGAAAUUCCUGUAAAACAAUCUGAAAUUGAUAGUAUUGGGCAAGUUAAGAUUGCUAUUCGUACAAGGCCAAACAAAACUUCCUCUGGUGACACAGAUGAAUUGGGUAGAAGGGUAAACCCUGCAAGAACGAUGGAAGAGAGGAUGGAGGAAUAUGACAAAGCUCGGGCUCGAAUUUUUAGUGCAUCUAGUGGUCUUGAAGGUGAAAGUCUAUGUAUGAUUGCUCCAGAUGAAAAAAGUAUGUGUGAAAAUCCAGAUGAGCAGGAAUAUUGUCGAACCUGGAUUGAGGAGAGUGAAAGGGCUUGCAUGAAGGAUGGUGCUUCCAGAGUAGCCAUUUUCCGGGACAGGGAGAAGGACCGCCAUGAUCCAGAUUAUGAUCGGAGUUACAACAGGUAUGCAAGAAAUCUCUCAUAUGGGCAGAAUUUUAAUUUGGGGGCACCCAAUCUGGUCCAGCCUCCAUUAUUGCAGUACGAGGCAGGGUUCCCUCAGUUGGCUCAGUUGCCAAGAGUCCAACCUUCUGUGAGUUACCCAGCAAUCAUUAACCCAUUUUGUGCUUCGGGCGGCAACAAGUCUUCUGGAGAUACCGUCUAUAUGCAAUGGCCAAGCCCUACUAUGUUGUAUGCACACUCAUAUGAGCAUUUCAGACACGCUGUCUUCCAGCCGCCAUCAUAUCAGCAACCUCUGAGCUUUGAUCAUUCGCAGAACUAUUAGUUGGGGGAGCCUGUGUAAUGAUAAAGUUUACCAAUUAUGGUAGACAAUAGAGACAAUAUUUCUUAUUUAAAAACUUUAUUAUGUUUUAAGUGGAUACUUUUGUGUGCAAAUGACCUAUAUUUAUUAGGAUAAUUUUGUUCGAAGCUGCACCUGUAUAAUUUUACAUUCUCAAAUUCAACAUCUUUCUGCUUGAAUGGCCCUUUUUCUUUCUCAA